AUGACUGACUUGGGCAACAUAGCUGCUUAUCGCUCCCCGCCGAACCCUUCGUCGUCUCCAGCACGCAAGCAGUCGUCUGGCUCGCUAUACGAGAGGGCAGCGAUGGCUUCCUCCUUGUCGCCAGACCAGUAUGGGAAGACGCCCCAACAACUGCCGUACAGCGGUGGCUCCGGUAACGGUGGUGGUGGUUCCGAUCAGGAGAAGGGGCCCCUGAGCUCUUUGAACCUCGGUUUUCUCAAAUCCUUGACGGAAAAGAGGACGACACGUGAUGGCAAUCCGCCCAAGAGGAGAGGGCCGAAGCCCGAUAGCAAGCCGGCUCUGACCAGGAGACAAGAAUUGAACCGCCAAGCGCAACGCACGCAUCGUGAGAGAAAAGAGCUUUAUAUCAAGGCUCUGGAAGACGAAGUGCUGAGACUAAAAGAGAUCUUCAGCAAUAUUUCGCAAGACAAGGACAAAGUGGCCGAGGAGAACAGACAACUAAAGCAAAUCCUGGCUCAAAACGGCAUCCCUCUCUCGCACUACGGCGACGACAUGAUUAGCAACCCCAGCGCAGGGUACACGUCCAGCGCCAGUGUGUCUGGCCACAGCUACGGCCAAAACGCGUACACGCCGCCGAUGACAUCCACGACAGCGCCAUCGGUGUCGCCCUCGUCUCACGGUCCGUCUCACUCCCACUCCCACGGUCCGCCCCCUCCCCUUCCUCAGAUGAUGGGCGGUCAGCAGCUGCAAAACAUGCAGGAGCAGAAUUCUGGCAGAAAUGUGGACUUUGAGCAAGCGGGCAUUGACUUCGUCUUAACGUACGAUAACCACCACCCCUCGAAGGCAUACCUAUCACCUCCCCCGCAGUAA